UGCGUCAAUACUGGCUAUUUUUUCUUAUUUUAUGUACAACUCCUGCCUUUAUUGUAUUUAUGUUGUGGUAGGUCCAUGAAUGUCGCAAAAGUGCACGCACAUUCAGAACAUGAACAUUUUCAGAUGAAUUGUUCGAUGCUCCUCGUAACGAUCAAUCCACCUUUUCGAGCUCUUUUGAUCGACACACAUAUCCUGCAAAACCUCGGAGAAAACAGAUGCAAGCAAGGGCAAAAAGUGCGGUUAGCAGCCAAUGUGGACCUUCUGAAAUCAGUACGUAAUAAGGAUUAUGAGGAAUACGAUAUUGUGUACUACCAGACCUUCUCUGACAGAGACUAUCUCCGAGUUUACGAUCACGAGACAACGAGAAUCAUUCCAAAGACUCCUCUCUACAUCAAUGGAAAUCUCUCCAUUCCUCGCGAAACGAAGAAGUUUCUUGAAGCCUGGAAGAGAUCGAAUUUUAUCGAUUGUCUUGGUCUAAAUAUGAGAAGGCAUGCGGCUGGAAGACCAUAUCUGCCUGUUGAGAAAAGUGUACAAGUAAUGUCGUCAUUAAUGAGAUAUCUCAUCAAUUUCGACGUCUAUCCGUUCCUGAAUGGCGGCUCAAUGCUAGGAUGGUAUCGUGAGUGCAACAUUAUCCCACACACGAUGGAUAUGGAUUUUGCUGCUCCGAUUGAAGAAUACACACCGAAACUUCUAGAGGAUCUAGCAUCAGGAGAGAAAUUUUUCCUUAACAGGAAGUUUGGACUGGUGACUAUUCGCUCAAUUGUAAAAACUGAAACCUCGUUCGAGUACCCCUUCCAUCCCAUUUUCAUCAUGGUAAUCUCGUAA